AUGACAAAUGCUUUAGAAGUUUGCGAGUGGUUAAUAAAAAGACCGGACAUAUUAUUCAUGGCAUAUCAUAUGUAUAAUGCUAUGAACACUCCUUUGGAUUCGCAAUCCAAGAUGCCACCAGACGAAGCUAUCGAAGAAAACGUCACGAAAAUCUUUAAUUAUGAUCUUUGUAGCAGCAAUGCCACAGAAGUCAUCUGCCAUUCUAAACGGGUUCUAACAGACUUUUGUAAUAAAUUUAAUUUUAAAGUUAAUACAAGAAUACUUAAAGGGACCAAUAAGACCAAACUGAAAGGAUGCGGCACUAUGGAACAGCUGAUUCUACUUGUUAGGGAGAUAGGUAAAGACAUUGCCUUAAAGAUUUCGUUAAAAUGA